UAAUAGCAGAACUUUGCUCCUCAGUUCUUGCUGAUGGAGUUCAGAAUGUCAAGGUCAGACGGAACCAUGCUUUCCAAGAUUUGCUACGUUGGAUGAACCGAGCUGAUUAUGGUUGGGACAAACAUCUUAAUGUUUCUUUUGUUGGAGAACAAGGGCUUGAUUCUGGAGGACCUAGGCGCAAUCUAAUGGAACUGACUGUUCGUGGACUGAUCAACUGGGGAGGACUUUGGUGUGGGAAAGAAGGACACCUCAUUCCAGCUCCUGACUUUUUAACAUUGCAGAACAGAUCCCAUUGUAUGGCAGGGAGGAUUGUUGGCACUGUUCUCGUUCAGAGUUCUCUACAGCUCAAUAUUUUUGCAGAAUCUCUGAUCAACACCAUUGCAGGAAUCAACCAGUGGUUUGUAGAGGAUGUUGCUGAUGAAACUGUCCAAAGCAAGCUGAAAGAGAUAUUAGACUAUCGGGGAAGGAGGGACUGGACUGGCGAUCCAGUUGUUGAGAAAAUAGCAGAAAACAUCAGCUUUCUAGGGGAGGUCAGUGAUGCCCAAAAAAAAGACUUCACCCAAGCGGCUGCAAGAUAUUACACUUCCAUAGUGAAUCGUGCUCAAAUUGAAGAAUUCAAAGAAGGGCUCGAAACAUUUGGAAUUGCAACAUUGAUAAGAAAACAUCCAGAUGUGAUGAAGUUGCUUUUGUGUGGCCAGAAAAGAGCAACAAUACAGCCUGAUGAAGUAUAUGACAUGUUUGAGGCAGAGCUGUCAGAAGUGGGGUCAAAUCAAAGGGAUUUGGAGGAAGAGGCAAUGAUGCAUUUCAUGCUGUUUUUAAGCAGCUUGACAAACCUAAAUGCAGCAUGUUCCUUGGAGGAUCUACUGAGGUUCCUAACUGGAGCAAAACAGUUUCCCAUUGGUGGAUAUGAGAUUCAGCCAACUAUAGAAUUCAUUAGAGGUUCACAAUUCCCAACUGUAAGCACCUGUGGUCUUGUUUUGAGGCUGCCAAUCAGCUUGACAGAAGAACAAUUCAAAACUAAUUUUGAAUUUGCUGUCCGAAGCUGCCAUGACUUUUCCUUUGUUUAAUGUUACCAGUGUGACUGUUGACAUUGAUGUCCAGGAACCAUGUACAUUGUCAUUCCCCAUGACUUUUAGUUUACUCAUUGAAGCAAUGUAUUUGAUAAAGAAACAAUGUGCAUACUUUAGAUCCAGGAUAAAUCCACUUCAAUUCUGAAUGUUGUGAAAACCAGGCAGCUCAUAAUGGCAAUUUGAUAAUUAGCAGGAUAAAUAUAACAAUUAAAGUACUGGUUGUUUCAAAUGAGUGGAUUGGAAAGGUAUGUUUAGUAGCCUGACAUCAGAUCAUUAAUCCAAUCUGGUUGUUUUUUUCUUUUGUCAAAAUAGUUUAUAAUAAAUUCAUCCAGAAAGGCGCAUCUGAAGAAGUUUAAAACAAUCAGAAUUGGCCAAUGCUGUUUCAGCGAUAAUAAAAUUGAGGUCUCUAAUCAAAAGAUGUGUAAAGUGUGGCUGCAUGUGUUUUCAGGGCGGGUAUGGGUACAAGGUUUUUUUUCUUUAACCUUGUUCACAAUUGUUAUGUCAUUUGUUCAACUGUAGUGUUGUGGAUGUUAACCUUACCAAUGUAAAAAGUUGUCAGUGUUAAUGGGGGUGGGGCAAUUGUACCUUUGCUCUAAAAUGAUGCUGUUGGGUAAGAACUUAAGAUUUGACCUGUGCUGACUACUGUUACUACUUGCUUUUGUAAUAUUACUGUAGGUAGGGUCGACCAACAAU